GGUGGUGAAGUGGCCGGGUAUAAAAGAGUAGAGGGCCUCUUCACACACACUCAGUCAUCUCCUCGUUCACCAGAAGAGUGAUACAUCGUAACCAUGAAGGUCUUGAUCCUCGUCGUCCUGCUUAAUGUUGUUGCAGCAAUGCCAAACCCCGCAGCAGACCCAGACCCCGCAGCACACCCAGAUCCCGCAGCAGACCCAGACCCGGCAGCAGACCCAGACCCCGCAGCAGACCCUGGUUAUGGUUACGGCUACGGUGGCGGCUUAAGCUAUGGCCGACCUCUGUACGGCUACGGCUAUGGAGUCCCUUAUUAUAGCCAUGGCUACCGUCUGCCCUACUACAGCUAUAGUUACGGUCUGCCUUACUACAGCUACGGUUACAGGAAAAGUCUUUACGGCUAAGUGGCAGUAAAUCCUAGGACAACCAUGACUACCACCAUGUGUACCCAACCAAACAGUACAAUCCCCCUCAUGGACACAGUAAAGAACUCCCCUUAAGCAUGAUAUUGUCCCCUAUCAAAUAUUAAAGUAUUGGCAGCAUCA